AUGGAUGACGUUGGAGAGAUAAUUCAAGCGUCUCUCCAACUCAAUUCCACAAAUACUGAAGAAGUUCAAGUUGCUAAUGACUUUUUAUGCCGUUGGCAGAAAGAACACGAUUCUUUAAUGAUGGCUUUAGAGAUUUUGAAGACAAACCAACAAGUUUCUCCACAAGUAGUUGCAUGCUCAGCAAUAAAAUACCAUGCCAAGACGGAUUGGUUCGAUUUUUUGCAAGAAGAACGUAGAGAAGUUCGAGAUUUUUUACUAAAAAUCUGCCAGGAGAAUUCAUUUUCAUAUCCUAUAUCGAAAAAAUUUAUAGAUAGAACUAUCGCUUUGAUUGGUAUAGUUGAAUUCCAGAGUUGGGAGACAUUUUUCAUAGAUGCACUUAGUUUGCCAACAUUUGACGUUUUACUUAACUUCACAUCAAUAUUAUCAGCGACAAAUCUCAUACAGAACUCAGAAAAGCAGAUUAUAAGAUACUCUUACACUCAAUUUUUCCCAAAUUUUAUUGAAUUAUUAUUAAACAAAAUGGAUCUCACAGGAUUAGAGAUUCUUACAAAAAUAUCAGCCUUCCUACCAAUGGAGCUCCUAGAAUGCUCCAAUUUCUUCAGAAUCCUUUGCACAACUUAUAUUCACGACCAAACAUUUCAAAAAGAAGUUAUGCGAAUAAUAUACAGUUUCAUUUGUCUUAGGCCAGAUGCCUCUCAAUAUUUUACUCAAUUUGAAGAUGUUUUACUUCCAAAUAUUUUAUUAGCUUGUGAAACGAGCACAACGCCAAUUACAUGCCUUGCAUCGAUUAUACAUCAGCAAGGAAUAUCAUUCUACAUCACACAUCUUGAUAAUGAAGAAGCAAUUUUAAUAUUUCGAAAAUCCCUUUUUGUUUUAUCAGAUUCAUUGAAAUUUAUAGGUAUUACACGUCUCUACUGGACACUUUGGAGCACAAUGAUCGACUAUUUCGCUCUAGAUUCUUCAAGUGAUUUUCUUGUCGAAUUUUAUCCAAUUUUAUUUGACAAUUUCGUUAAAAUCAUACUCCUCGAGAACGAAGGCAGCUUUGCGAUCACACCCCAAGCGAUUCUGGCCGUCCAAAAACUUUAUCAAGCAUCUCCUGAAAUAAUUACAACGGGAUUGGAGAAUUUAGAGAUGUCCUCCAACCUCAUUGGAAUUCUUACAGCACUACAGAGCCUAAUGAAUCAGAGUACUGUUGAACAGCACAUUUCCGAUUUUUUCGAAUACGCCAGUACAACAGAAGAUAGCGAAAUUUACGUUGCGCUUUUGCUAUGUUUGCAAAAUUCCCCGCAACAUAUCUCUUCCUCUCAAGUUUUGCAAGAAAUUUUCGUAAAUGUGAUUUCAUUUGCCGUAGAAACAGAAGAUGAGCAAAUAUCGAAUGCGGCAGUAACUAUGCUGGUCAAUUUCAAUGCAAACUACCCAGAAGUUGUUUGCCACGGACCUUUACUUCAACAAUUAUACGAAAUUAUCAAUCUUGCAACAGCUUACUCAAAAACAGUGUCAGAACUAUUCAUAUUAGUUGUUAGAGGUAUCAGAAGAGUAAAGAAAUCAAUUCCUGUACAGGUUUUGACUAAAAUUACGCAAGGACCUCUACAACAGUUCGUAAACUUGGCCGGAAACAUCGAAACAAUAUCGGAUGAAGAUGAGAGAUCGUAUGCGAUAUCGUUGUUGAGCCUCGUACAAGUAAUUGUCGCUGAAGCAAAGGAAAUCGCGAUAUCUAUUGGAGAAAUCGUAGUUUCGACAGCAUUAAAUUUGAUAACGACACUUAAAGAUUAUAUACAAGGCAAUGAUAAGAUCAUUGAUUACUCAUUUCGUGUUCUUUUGUCAAUGAUUUUAUCAUCUCCUCAAGAUCGAGUACUUUCUGACACAACAACCGCUGUAAAAGUACUUGCGGCAAUCCCUGAGUUCUCAGGAUACGCAAUGAGAGUGUUCGCUUUAAUUCGAAAGCAACAUCUUUCAAUUUCCUCACUUUUUGAGGAGAUUUUUCAUAAUUUCAUCAAUCCAGCGAUAGAAGAUAUGGGCGAGGACUCUAUAGAAGCUUUUAAUUGUCUGAGAGAGUUCCAUUUUAUCCAGAUUUGCGAAGAUUUCCCAACUGAUUUGGUCAAAUCCGCCAUUUCUAACAUUCCUUUCCACGGAAUAUCAACUGUCAUCACUUUUAUAGAGGAUAUGUUCCACUCAUGUCCACCCGGCAAGAUGAAAAACCUUCUAGAAAAGGAUGGAAGUGAAAUAAUCGACAUUAUAACGACGAUUAUUACCGAUAACUUUUAUGACAGGUUUUUUUCGAUUGCCAUGGGUUUGUACUGCAGAUUUAUCUACUACAGUCUGAAGUUCAACAUCUCAAUUACAGAUAUCCUCGUUGAAAUGUUCGCAAGGAAAAUGGCUGUUGUUGACAAUUCUUCGAUUGUUGAAUUCGUGAAUUUAAACAUGAGAAAUUGCACUGAUGUGCAGACAAUGGCUACAAACUUGUGGAAACUUAGGACACUGAAUAUGUGUGGAGGAAUGACUCCUCAAGAAGAUCAACCAAUUGACGAAGAACCAAUUGAUUUAGAUAUUUCAACUUUAUCAAUAUAA